AAACAUGAAAAAUGCGAAAUAAAGACUUUCAUUUAGACUCGUCAUUUGGAGGAGGAGGAGAAGAAAUAAACCAACCAAUACACAACAUUUGCAAUACCAGAAUUAACCACUGAUCAAUUACUUAAUUUGGAAAUGGCUGCACAGUUGUCGUCGACAGCACAAGGAGGAGGAGGACGACGAGUGAAGUUGGCCUGUAGUUGGGGCUGGGGGCUGGGGUUGGGGUUGGAUCAAAACAUGCAGCUCUUCACAUCAAUCCAACCCCACAAGCUUCUCAGGCGCAGGCGCUGCCUCAGAUCAUUGGAUUCUACCAGGCUUUACUCUUCGUCUUCUUCUUCUUCUUCUUCUUCUUCUUCUUCUUCUAGGAACAAGGCGAAACGCUUCAACUCCGAGGCCCAUUUGUUUGUCGGUGGUGGUGAUCAUGAUGAGGGAGACGGUGUUUAUGGCGGUGACGACGAUGGUGGUCAUGUUGAGUACUAUGAAAGGGACGAUGACUUGUCUUGCUUCAGAGGUCUCGUCUUGGAUAUCUCCUACAGGCCGGUUAAUGUUGUAUGCUGGAAGCGUGCUAUUUGCUUGGAAUUCAUGGAGAAGGCUGAUGUACUUGAAUACUAUGACCAGACUGUAAAUUCCCCAAGCGGAUCCUACUACAUCCCGGCUGUCCUAAGGGUUCCCCAUUUACUGCAGAUUGUAAAGAGAAGAAGAAUUAAGAACAGUCUCAGUCGUAAAAAUAUACUAUGUCGGGACAGUUUCACUUGUCAAUACUGCUCUUCACGUGAAAACUUGACCAUUGAUCAUGUUUUCCCAAUUGCACGCGGUGGACAGUGGAAGUGGGAUAAUCUGGUCACCGCAUGUGCAAGGUGCAACUCGAAGAAAGGUCAGAAGACGUUGGAAGAAGCAAAUAUGAAGCUGAUGAAAGUCCCCAAGGCUCCAAAAGACUAUGACAUACUUGCAAUACCACUAACAAGUGCAGCAAUUAAAAUGCUGAAAAUGAGAAAGGGAACUCCAGAAGAGUGGCUCCAAUAUCUAUCAAAUUCCAAGCCCCCGCCUUCUUCAGAGCCAUGACACCAUCACUAGGCACUAGGCACUAACUAAUUGUGCUUAUUUCUAUGCAUAUCAUGCAUUGUAACACAUUUCAUGUAUAUAAUCUCUACCUUGGUUUAGGCCUUCAUUUGCAUAAACAUGAAAGGUCAACAACCUAUAUUUGCAGCAUCUUUGUUGAUGAUAAAUGCAAUUACGAGACUUGAACCUAA